AUGCAGAAUAAUGGAACAAGUAUACAUUGGCAUGGAAUUCGUCAGAAGUAUACAAACCAGCAAGAUGGAACGAACGGGAUCACAGAAUGCCCUAUCCCCCCCGGCGGAUCAAAAACGUACGAAUUUAAAUGUACUCAAUAUGGGACAUCAUGGUAUCAUAGCCAUCAUACUGUGCAGUAUGGCGAUGGAAUUGUAGGAGCCAUUGUGAUUUCCGGCCCAGCUUCAGCCAACUAUGAUAUCGAUCUCGGAGAGAUGUCUAUCCAAGACUGGUAUUAUCGCACAGCAUGGCAAAACGCCCUUCUUGUCAUUCCGCCUGUUGCUGACAAUGGCCUCAUAAAUGGAACCAUGGUGAACGCAAAUGGCGGAGGAAAAUAUCAUGAAAACUCAAUUAAGAAGGGGAAGUCAUAUCUCUUACGGUUGAUCAAUACAUCAGUGAACAAUUAUUUCAAAGUCCAUUUGGAUAAUCACCUUUUCACGGUUGUUUCGAGCGACUUCGUUCCCAUCAUGCCUUACCAGGCUGACUGGUUGUUUAUUGCAAUCGGGCAACGUUAUGAUGUAAUCAUUCACGCCGACCAGGAGAUCGACAACUAUUGGUUUAGAGCCGAAGUUCAAAAGGGAUGCGGUGAAAACGCGAUGAACGGAAAGAUUAAAAGCAUCUUCAGAUACGAAGGUGCAGACCAAAAUGCGAAUCCCACGUCUGUCGCAAGCAAUUAUACCCAAGGCUGUGAUGACGAGGAGGGCCUUGUUCCAUUCGUUUCAAUUGAUGUGCCAUCUGAGCAUUUCAGCCAACAAGCAAAAGACCUUAACGUCUCUUUUCAGUCCGAAGUUAGUUUGCAGGGGCAAAACAUAGUCCACUGGACAAUAAACGGAGUCCCUAUUGAAACAGAUUGGGAAUACCCUACUCUUCAAUACGUCCUUGAUUGCAAUACAAGCUUUCCCCAAAGAUUGAACGUAAUCUCAUUAGCUGAAUCAGAUGUGUGGACGUACUGGAUUAUCGAAGAUAUCUUCGAGAGCGGAGUUAACGUUCCACAUCCAAUCCACCUGCACGGGCAUGACUUCUCCAUCCUCGGCUCCGGACGAGGUAACUUCCCGGGACCCGAAGGACUCAACUUUAAGAACCCAGCCCGUCGGGAUUCUGUUAUGUUGCCUGAUCAUGGGUGGGUUGCCAUUGCAUUUCAGACAGAUAACCCUGGUGCAUGGUUAGCGCAUUGUCACAUUAUCAAUAUUACAGGGUCCAAACAACGUUACUGGCGUCUGUCUUGUGAUUGA